AUGGAAUCCCUCCUCCACAUCCUUAGCAAAUCGGCAGCAGCAGCCGCAGCAAACCACCAACCCACAACGGUGCCAACUCUAGAGCCCCCGCCGGCGUAUACCGCGCAUCCGGACCUCUCAUCUGACCCGGAAGAUGAGGAGGACGAUUGCGAGCCGUCAACAAACAUUACGAUCAAUGCAUCGACGAACAUCCAGGGCUCAUACAAUCUCAUCGCUCUCUCACACAGCGACCCCGCGCGACUAGUAGCUGUCGUACUGGGUGCACUCAACGCUAGCUCCGCGCGUACAUCUCGACGAGGAGACGUGCAUCUCAACAUCAACUGUGGCAUUACUAUCGUCGGCGACAGAAACAUUGUCGGCGCUCCUGCGGCAAGCCUACUGAAGAUGAAGGCUGAGGCGGGUACGGCGCCUCGACCAUCGGUUGCAGAUGGUGUGGCCCCAGCUGGAGGGAGGAAGAGGAAGGCCGAUGAUGGGUCUGAUGAGUUACCGGAAGCGAAAAGGGCAAAGACCGACCCUACCGCUGUUUGA